AUGUCUCAUCAACGGGCCAUCCAGAUAAAGGCGGCCGGCAAGGCAGAACUCGUCACGGACGCACCGCUCCCCGAGCUUCGCGAUGACCAUAUCCUCGUCAAGACCGCCGCAGUGGCGCUGAACCCGACCGACUGGAAGCACAUUGAUUUUCUCGCGAGCCCCGGGGCUAUCGUGGGCUGCGAUUACAGCGGAACGGUGCAAGCGGUUGGGGCUGCGGUCCGGAAUGGAUUCAAACCAGGUGAUCGAGUAAUGGGCAUGAUCCACGGGAGUAAUCACUCCAACCACCAAGACGGCGGAUUUGCGGAAUACGUCACCGCCAAGGGAGACACGCAGAUGAGGAUCCCAGUCGGCAUGUCAUUCGAGGCGGCUGCGACGCUCGGCGCAGGCAUCAUCACGUUGGGUCAGGCAUUGUACCAGUCUCUCGGACUGCCGCUUCCCGACGAGCCUGCAAAGGCGGCAUUCCCUGUCCUGAUCUACGGCGGGAGCACCGCAACCGGGAGUCUAGCGAUCCAAUUCGCAAAGCUGUCCGGCUUAGAAGUCGUCACGACCUGCUCGCCUCGACACAACGACUUUGUUCGCGGCGUAGGCGCAGACCACGUGUUCGACUACAACUCGCCGCAGUGUGCUGCAGACAUCCAGAAAGCAACCGAUAACCAGCUCCAGUUCGCAUUUGAUACUGUCGCGACCGAGGAUACGGCCAAGAUCUGCGUGGAUGCGUUUGGGACUGGCGGCGGCAAGUAUACCUCGCUAAGCCCCAUUCCAAAGCUGCAGCGCGACGACGUUGUCAACCUCAACACCAUGGCCUUUACUGCUGUCGGAGAAGCGUUCCAUAUCGGAGACCUGAGCGUUCCGGCAGUGCCGGAGGAGUACGCAUUCGCCGUCAAGUUUGUUAGGCUUGCCCAGGAGCUUUUGACGCAGGGAAGGAUAAAGGCCCAUCCGUUUGAAGUGCGAGACGGUGGUCUGGAGGGAGCGUUGAGCGGGUUGCAGGAGAUGCGCGAGGGGAAGAUAUCUGGAAAGAAGCUUGUGUAUAAGUUGAACUAG